AGAGGCAGAUGCUUUGGGUGGCCACAAGAGGGCAGCAGAGGCAAUGCAGGGCCGGUAACAUCGUUCUCUUUCUCUUGACAGUGGACAGUGGGGCUCAAGUGGUUUUCUGUGACAAGGAUGAGGCUGGGGGCCGGGCUCUGGAGCAGGAACUCUCAGGCACUGUCUUCAUCCCCGGUGAUGUGACACAGGAAGGAGAUUUGCAGACUCUGAUUUCUGAGACCCUCUCUCGAUUUGGCCACCUGGAUUGUGUGGUGAAUAAUGCCGGCUACCACCCACCUGCACAGUUGCCCGAGGAGACCUCUGCCCAGGGCUUCCGCCAGCUGCUGGAGGUGAACCUCCUGGGGACAUACACAUUGAUCAAGCUUGCCCUCCCCCACCUGCGGAAGAGCAGAGGAAAUAUCAUCAACAUCUCCAGCCUGGUAGGGACCAUCGGCCAGUCCCAGGCAGUUACCUAUGUGGCCACCAAGGGUGCAGUGACUGCCAUGACCAAAGCUUUGGCCUUAGAUGAGAGCCCAUACGGUGUCCGAGUCAACUGCAUCUCCCCAGGAAACAUCUGGACUCCACUGUGGAGAGAGCUGGCAGCCUCAACUUCAGACCCCAGGACCACCAUUCUAGAAGGCACCUUGGCCCAGCCCCUGGGCCGCAUGGGCCAGCCAGGCGAGGUGGCGGCUGCAGCCGUUUUCCUGGCCUCUGAAGCCACCUUCUGUACAGGGCUUGAGCUUCUUGUGACCGGGGGUGCAGAACUGGGGUAUGGACGCAAGGCUAGCAGAAGCAGCUUCGUGGAAGUCCCCAUUCUCCCACCCUAAUUUACACUAACUUAUGUCCUACCCAUCUGUCUCUGCCUUCCUUCCUUCCUUUUUUGGAGUACUGGAGAUUAAACCUAGGACCUCUUGUGUGUUAGGCUGAGGCUCUACCACUGAGUCACAUCCCAGUGCCUCAAUGGAGGAUUCUAGGCAGGGGCUCUACCACUUAACUCUCAGGUCCCAAAGAAACUCAGGAUAAGCCAGCUGCUGCUAGCCAGCCAGGCCCUCUCAGUACCUGCAGCUUCUCUCAGCUUUCCUUGCCCCUGCUCCUCACCCCUCUAGCCCAGGGACUUAGAGCUCCUUUCCCCGACUUCUGACUCGUAUAAUCACCUGCCGUUUCGGACAUGUGCAGCCAUUUUGGACAUGUGCAGCUGUUUUGGGCAUGUGCAGCCGUUUUGGACAUGUGCAGCUGUUUUGGGCAUGUGCAACCGUCUUAGUCCUUGGCUCCUCUCUUGGUCCACUUGUCCUCUUCUUUCUCUCUCUUCUUUUAUUUUCUCCCCCCUCCAUCCCUCAUGGACCAGUUUAGUCUGGACUCUUCCAGAUGCCUUUGGCUCUACUCUCCCUUAUAGCUGCAAUAAAAACUGUCUCUCCAGGA